CCGGGGAGGCGGGGCCGCGGGAGCGCCCUUCCUGUUCCCGGGCAGGUGUCGGCGGCGGCGGGGCGCGAUGAACAAUCCUAUACCUUCCAAUUUGAAAUCAGAAGCAAAAAAGGCUGCUAAAAUCCUGAGAGAAUUCACGGAAAUAACUUCCAGAAAUGGACCUGAUAAGAUCAUUCCUGCCCACGUGAUCGCUAGAGCCAAAGGUCUUGCGCUUCUGUCCGUGGUCCGGGCCGGCUUCCUUGUGACGGCCAGAGGGGGCAGCGGCGUGGUGCUGGCGCGCAGGCCCCACGGAGAAUGGUCUGCGCCCUCCGCCAUUGGGAUAGCUGGGUUUGGUGGAGGAUUUGAGAUAGGAAUUGAGGUAUCAGAUUUGGUAAUAAUUCUGAAUUACGACAGAGCAGUUGAAGCUUUCGCAAAAGGCGGUAACCUGACGCUUGGAGGGAACUUUACUGUGGCAGUUGGGCCCCUGGGAAGGAAUUUAGAAGGAAAUGUGGCCCUAAGGAGUCCUGCUGCCGUCUUCACAUACUGCAAGUCCAGGGGACUGUUUGCUGGCAUAUCUUUAGAAGGCAGCUGCUUGAUUGAAAGGAAAGAAACUAAUCGAAAAUUUUAUUGUCAAGAUAUCCGGGCUUACGACAUUUUAUUCGGAGAAGUACCGCGGCCCGCUCAAGCCGAAGAUCUUUAUGAAAUUCUCGAUUCCUUUACCGAGAAGUAUGAAAACGAGGGACAACGAAUCAACGCAAGGAGAGCGGCCAGGGAGCAGAGGAAGGCGGCUGCUAAAGAGUUACCCCCGAAACCACUGUCGAGACCACAGCCGUCACCUGCGCAAGUCCCGCCGAACUCUGGCUCCCAAGGUGACAGAAACAAAUACAAGCUCUACCCUGAACUUUCCAGCUAUCAGGAGAGAGUUGGCAAUUUGAGUCAGCCCAUAGAAGUGACGGCACUAUAUUCUUUUGAAGGACAACAGCCGGGGGAUUUGAAUUUUCAAGCUGGAGACAGAAUCAUAGUCCUAUCAAAAACGGAUUCACACUUUGAUUGGUGGGAAGGGAAGCUGCGAGGUCAAACUGGCAUUUUUCCAGCCAACUACGUUACCAUGGAUUAAAGUUCCUAUUAUUUUCUUCUUUGAGAAUCAUAAAACACUAAUUUCACCACUGACGGGGUUUACUAUCCAGUUAAGCAAUGUUUAACAGGUUUUAAAAUGCUGCUCUUUGCCCUAUAAACUUUUAUCCAAUCUGUAAAAGAUUUUUUUCCUCUCUGUGGAUGGUUACUUUACACGUCUUUAAAUGCUCUGUACUAAUUUUAUCACAUGUGCCAUGUAAUAGUCAACAUUCUCCAAUUCCUAUGGUCACAGUCCUUUCGGCUCAUUUUCGGGCAUCGCUAAACGGGUGACUGGCUGUGGAUGCGGUAACCGCGUGUUUUACUUUGAGAGCCUGAGGGCGGGGGCGUGGGUACGUGGAUUCGUGCAUCUCUUACUAGAGGAGAAGAAAUCAGCUUAACGAAGGUAUUAAGUAAUCCCUCUAGUUGUAGGUAAACCGGAGCAGGGAUCCUUAAAAAUGAUCUUUAUUUCUGCAAACGUCAACGUGCACGUAGAGCAAUAGCAGAGACUCGGUGAGGAACUCGGCCCCUCGGCGUUAAACAAGACCCCGCGAACUUUUCUUCUGCGUGAGGUUGUGUGCUCAUUUCUAGUAAGAGAGUCAGCUUACGGCGGCCUGGCCUCCUGUCCCUAAAUAAAUGCUUUUUAAAUGGUGA